GAGCACUCCAGCACGUUGUGAAGCCGCUAGUAUCUCUGGCAGCCGCCGAGGUGAUUCAAAGAAAUCACUUGUUUCUAAAUCAACGACUUAUUUUUUUGAUAAUUGACCCACUGAGAUUUCCAGUUGACCAAAGAAAUGGUGAUGGAGAAGCCAAGUGCCCAGCUGGUCGGGCGAGAGUUUGUCCGACAGUAUUACACACUCCUGAACCAGGCCCCUGACUACCUGCACAGGUUUUAUGGAAAGAACUCCUCCUACGUGCACGGCGGCCUGGACAGCAACGGCAAACCAGUAGAGGCCGUCUAUGGACAAUCUGAGAUCCAUAAGAGGGUGAUGGCUCUGAGUUUCCGGGACUGUCACACCAAGAUCAGACACGUGGACGCCCACGCCACCCUGAACGAGGGCGUGGUGGUGCAGGUGAUGGGCGAGCUGUCCAACAACAUGCAGCCCAUGAGGAAGUUCAUGCAGACCUUUGUGCUAGCACCUGAGGGUACCGUUGCAAACAAAUUCUACGUCCAUAACGACGUGUUCCGUUACCAAGACGAGGUGUUCGGUGACUCUGAUUCUGAGCCUCCAGAAGAGUCCGAGGACGAGGUGGAGGAGAUCGAGGAGAGGGUCCCCUCCCCUGACGUCGCUGCUGAGGAGUCUGCUCCCUUCUACGACCCGACACCCUGUUCAGAGCCGGCGGUUCCCGGCGACGACGAGGAGGCGGGCGCAGCGAGUCCUGAGCCAGAGCCAGAGGUCGAGAAAGAGGCCGAGGCUGCAGUCGUGGAGCUGAAGUCGGAGACGCUGCUGGAGACACAAACAGACUCACACACAGCUGACGACCAGACAGAGAAAAGCCCUGCCGCCGCCCCACCGACUACAGAACCCACCUCUGUGACCGCCGAACCCGCCCCCGCCGCCCCAGAAGAAAACAGGCCGUUCUCCUGGGCAUCAGUCACCAGUAAGAACCUUCCUCCCAGUGGGGCUGUCCCAGUCUCAGGAAUCCCCCCACAUGUCGUCAAAGUCACCCCCACAGCACCGCCCAGAGCGGAGGUGAAGCCAGAGUCCCAGACAACAACACAGAGACCACAGAGAGACCAGAGACCGAGGGAACAGCGGCCCGGAGGUGCUCCGCCGGUACACAGAGGACCCAGACCAGUGCGAGAGGGCGAGCAGGGCGAGUCGGAGGGUCGCAGGGUGGUCAGGUACCCUGACGCCCACCAGCUCUUUGUGGGCAACGUCCCUCACGACGUGGACAAGACUGAACUGAAGGAGUUCUUUGAACAGUAUGGUACAGUCCUGGAGCUGAGGAUCAACAGCGGAGGGAAGCUUCCAAACUUUGGCUUUGUGGUGUUUGAUGACUCUGAACCCGUACAGAAGAUCCUCAGCAACAGGCCCAUCAAGUUCAGAGGCGACGUCCGUCUGAACGUGGAGGAGAAGAAGACUCGGUCGGCCAGGGAGGGCGACAGGCGGGACGUGAGGCCCCGCGGCCCUGGAGGUCCCGGCGGUCCUAGAGAGCGAAUAGGAGGCGGCGGAGGACCCCGUGGCCCUCCCACCCGAGGAGGCAUGGCACAGAAACCCAGCUUCGGCUCUGGACGGGGCGCCGGUCCCAGCGAUGGGCGCUACUCUGCCCAGCGCCAGUGAGACGCCUGGGCUCCAAACCUGAGUUAGAUUACUGUUUGCAUUCAAUUUACUUGAGUGGUUAUUGAUUUUUACCGCAGCAGGAACCAAUUGGACAAACCCAAAACGUAACAAAAACCCUUCACUGCAUCGCACCUAGGAGCAAAAAAUCAGUAGGAACUGUUGAUUUCUAGUCAAAGUUAAGGGCAACUACACUCGCACGCCCUCGUUUGACUCGGUUCCUCCUCAUUCUUUCUCCUAAAUGUGACAUCAUCAGUAUUUCGAAGGGAUUUCUGUUGGUAACUGACGCAGGUUUGAUCGAGAGCUUUCACCAUCAAGUCAUGCCAGCUCCUGCUGAACUCAGGAGCCAGUCUCAACAUCUGUCUCUCAUGAAGAUGGCUGCCUCCUCCUCCUCCUCCUCCCCUUAUCCCCCUCCCACCUCCCACCUGAUUCUUCUUCUUUCUCACCUGCUGCUUUUCGUUUCCCUCUGAGGAACCCAGAAUGUCACUCCUUUCUCCCUCAGUCUCUUCCUCUUCGUCUCCUCUACCAACACAUGUAUUAUCUGGACUUUUGUCAUUUUUUUUUUUGUUUUUUCAUGCUGAACUUGAAUUUAUUAAAAAACAAAUCAAAACACGCAAACACAUGAAAAAAAAAAAAGGGUAAAUAAUACUUGAAUUGGGGAUUAAAAAACCCAGAGGUUAGGUUUUUUCGCGUUCUCUCUCCCUGUUUCUUAAAGGAACGUGUACUUUACUGCUUGGGCAAUCCUGUGUAUUGCUGCCACCGUUGUAUCUAGCGAUGGAUCUGUCUUAUCUUUUUAUUCUAUCAGGUCAAGAGCUGAACUGUAGUGCUUUUAUUUGAGUAAUAAUGUUGGCUUGUAAUACGUGGAAUCAUGGACGCGUCUGAAUGGAGCAUGUAUCAAAUCAUGUAUCAAAUCCUGUUAGGCUUCUUCUACCGAUGCACUUCAUUUGUCAUCAUGUUUAAAAUGAGCUCACCUGCCGAUGAGAGAACUAAAUUAAAAGUGAUUUACUGUUUUAAACCUUUAGUCUGUUUGAUUUUGAUGCUUUUUGUGUGUGUGUGUUUUGACUCUGGCUGUCAGGAGAUCAAGGCUGGGCUUUUUUUGAUACUGGCCAAAAUGUGCCCACAGUAUUAAACUGCCAAGUAAUGAAAUCUGGCUUAGACUGCCUCGUUCUCUUAAAACCCACCUGGAGAUUUUGUAAUGUUAAAUUUGCACCUUGCUUUAACAUACACUGUGGAAAGACCCUGUUCCAAUGAAGAUGAAUAAAUCCUGGAAACCAGUCUUCUGUUAGUAUAACUUUUACAUAACCCUAACCCCCAUAUAUCAGUGACUAUAUUGAUUACUCAUUAAUUUCUCUCCUGUAGUUUGAAUAUUGUCAGAGAUGUCUGAAGAAAUCAUCUUUCCCUAAAUUAUAAGUUUGAGUUUUUUUUAAAGGUGUCUAACGCUUGAUUGGAGGAUAUUACACAGUAUGAAGUGAUACCUGGAUUUAUCCAAUGUAUAAAUCUGAAUUCUUUAUACCAGAUGUUUAUUUACCUUCUACUUCUUGAUUGUAAUGCACCACAACACCAAGACAAACAACUUGUACAUGCAACUGACCUGGAAAUAAAUCUAAUGUGUGUUUCUUUUA